AUGGCUUGACACACAGUAACGCAAAAUCACGGAAAAUACUACACGAUUAUCCGAGGAAUAUUAGUGUUGUGUCAGCUAUAAGAAAAAAAACAGAAAUAAAUUCGAAUUUUUGGAUACAGAGCCGACAGAUAAUCAAAUUUACGGCUAUAGUUUCGGAUACAUUGCCUAAAUCGGAUCAAUAUUAGGAUGGUGUCAUCUUGAAAUCUCGUUGAUAUCAUCAGUGAUGAUGAGGCAAUAACCCAUUUCAUUCUGAUUCACGUGGAACUUUGCUACGAUGACGAGUUUGUGUUUUGGAGAUGCUGUGGCCUUCUUCUCCGAGGAGCAAUACGGAUUCGCCUUUUCAACACAGAGCAGCUCAAUUCAUGCAGAAAUUGCUGUUGCAAAGAACCAGGAUCGGCGGAAACCUAAUAUUCCCGACUGUCAAGUGCUCUCUUUCAAAAUCUGUUACGCAAACCGCUACAAGCUAAACAAAAAGUAUAGAAAAUUAAAGAAGAAAUCUGAAGAAAAUCCAAGCAAUAUUGCCUUAAAAAGCCAAGUCUCAGAAACAAAGAUAGCAGCUGAUGCAGAAAAUGAUGACAAUCGAAGUGAGCAGACCCGACAGAAUGGCAAGAAACUGCUUUAUGGACAAAUUAUACAGCUUUGCCAUGUGUUCACAGGAAAAUUCAUUCAGAUCAGCACAACACAAACAUCAAAGACUGAGACUAGUAAUAUGGAGAUCGUAUUGUCGCCUCACGAUUCCAAGAAUGCGCAGUUCAAGAUUAUGCCUCGGUAUAAGGUGAAAGCUGAGGGUGAUGUGGUCCAGGUCGAUGAUCAGAUCGUAUUAGAAUCCCUAAAGUCCCCUGGUCAAUUUCUACAUGUCAGUAAAGCGGUAUUUGGCACGUCGUCUGUUUAUGCUGGAAAUCAUGAGUUGAACUUGUCGGUGAGGCAGUCUGGCUUCACGAUAUACCGGAGGGAUUCACCGAAACCGGGAGAUGAUUUGCGACUAAAGGCCGGUGUUCCCGUCCGUUUCUUCCACAAGGAGAUUGAGGCUUAUCUAGUGGCGGAGGGGCUCUUCGAUGAUGCCGUCACAGAAGAAGUUCACCUCCGAGUGCGGGUCAUGGAUCAAAACAAUCCCAAGACGCUGUUCCCCUCCAGUUCGGCGCUAACGUAUUGGCAGAUAGAGUUUGAGGAGGGGAUCAUUAGUGGUGAGGUAGUGCGAUGGGAGCAACAGUGCCGGAUCCGUCACAUGUGCACGCGAAAGUAUCUGCGGAUCGAAACCGAUCUGUCUCUGAAGCUGACAGACAAGUACCAGGAUCCGAGCACGGUGUUCAGGCUUCACCCAGUCAUCAAACUUAGUUCUGUUGGCGGUGAUACACUUAAGGAAAUUGAUGAGGUUGAAUACGAGUCUUACUGCCGAUUAGAACACGUCGUGACGGGGCGAUGGGUGCACGCCCUGAAUGACGAAUAUGAGGGACAGCUCUCCAAGAAGGUUGAUGACAGGGAUACAUCCAUGGCUGGCCUCAAGUGGAGCCAGGCUAGUCUCAAACAGAUUACUGUCAUCGAGGAGAAGCGAUACGAUGAUGCGUUCACCAUCCAAUUAGUCGAAGCCCCAUUGGUCGAAAUUUUCAACUACAUGGCGGGAAUGGUGCCCUUUAUUCAAAAACUCAUCAAAGAAAAGAAAGAUGGCGCCAACCUGAAUGCCAAGCAGACGCACGAGAUCGUGCAGGCAUUGCAAGAGAUGAAGGAGUAUAUGGUCGUCAAUAGCGUCCCGAAUAAAAAUCGUCAGAAGUUGAUGAGGAAUCUGAGGAUAGUUGAGCUCCUGGUGACACUCCUUCAGAUUCCUUACAGAGGCAGCAACGACCAGAGCCAUCUGACCAAGAUAUUCGUCGAGUCCUAUGAUGUUUUGUACACUUACCUGAUGGGCGACAGCAGAAAGAAUGAACUCUACAUUGCCAAGUACAUCGACUUCUUUCAAAAUCAGAUUUCAUACCCGGGUGAGAUUGGCCUGAACGCUGCCCACAUGACCAUGGAACUCAUAAAAGACAAUCGCAAAAUCGUCGACCGCAUCACCAAGGAGUACAUCAACGACAUCAUCAGCCUUCUUGGGGAGAACAAGAGCUAUCGCUACCUGGACCUACUGAGCGUGCUCUGUGUGUGCGAUGGGGUCUCGAUCUCCGAUAACCAGACGUAUAUUACGGAGCAAUGGUUGAUGCAGGGCAAGAAGUGUGUCUUCUUGACUGAGCUUGGCCAGAAAAUUGGCAAAGAUUCGAAUGUGGUGUAUGUCUCAAUGGACAAUGGCAGGACAUGGGUGUCACUCAGUGAUUUUGCUAAUGAGUGCCGAACUGCUAUGAUCGAAAACAAACGCAAGAUGUUGGUGAUCGACCAACCAAAACAUGAAAAGUUACGCAGGAAAGAAAAGCUGGCGAAAAUUGCGUCAGCCGACAUGGUGGAGAACUUCUUGUUCCUCGAGCAUCAGCUGGACUUGUUCGGGAAGCUGUGCUAUGGCCGGAAUGAAUUUGCCAUAGAUGUGAUCACCCAGAAGCUGUGCUAUCUGACAUGGGAGGAGGCAUUCCUCUGCCUGACCAACGAGGUCUUCCCUGACCAACUCAGGGCAAAGUACUGUCAUCUUAUCAUUGGCAUGUUUGUUGAUGUUGGUGUCAACCAGUCCGUCCUCGACAACAUCAACCUCUCAUUCGUCUAUGACAAUAUCUACGGCGGUGGGCCGAACACCGCCAGGACAGUAGAGGUGACGACACCUAGGAGUCAGUUUGGUACCAAAUAUUUCCCUCAGCUGCGAGAUUGGAUGGAGAGGUUCUUGGAUAACAACAAGGAUAUGACGGCUUCGGAGAUUGGUCACAACCUGUUGGUGGAGCAGGUUCUGCGGCUGGUGCACUACUUAGUAAGGUUUGGAUAUUACGGUGAGCAGAGCGACAUCAAGAAGUUACUGACGCCUCUUCUCAGUCUCCUCGAUGGACGGAAUGACAAGCCUUACCCCAAGACUAACAAGACUCACAACCAGCAAGAUUUCAACAAAGUGACUGAGCAUUACAGGAACGUCGGUCGGUACCAAGAGAGCCCUGAGACCAAGGCCGUCGUGGAUGCCAAACAUCAGGCCAUGGAGGUGUUGGACCUGUUCUUCAACUUCCGUUUCAACACGAGACUCGAGCGUUUUGUGAGUGAAUUCAAGAUGGUUCAUCAACAGUCCAUGACAGCAGGUGCAUCGCCAGAUCUUGGCCCCUUUCUCUCUGAAAAUUAUGACAUCUAUGACAGUGAAAGUGUUAAUAAAGUCGCUAAGAAGAAACUUAAGGAGAUGUUCCAAGAGUCCUCCUACUUCAAGGGAUAUGAUAUAGUCUCUAUCCUCCUGGACUUGUCGCAUUACAAAUAUGACAAGAUGGUCACCCAGUCCAUGCACCUUCUAAACCGCUACUAUUCCGCACACGACAACCUGUUCCGGCGUGCUGUGCAGGCCCAGGUCCUCAUAACCGACCGGUCCAACCAGGUCCUAACGGAGCUCCAGGAGAUUUUACCAACACUGCGGAGGCUGGCGACGGCCAAGAUGAAUUCGGAGCAAGUCGAGACGAUGUGUACCAUACUGAAUAAGUUGACGGGAUACUGCUCAUUGGAGAAAGAACCUGAGGAAGUUCACUGCAUGAACCAGAGUAUUCUCUACAAUCAUGAAAUCCUGUCUGACAUUUUUGACAUCCUUUCCCAGGAAAUCGAUGUUCGACUAUUGGACCAGUACGGAGGCAUCCAAAUGGUCUUCAAGAAGACGUUCAUCCUGCUGCAGAGGUUGGCGCGAGGGAACGAGGUUGUUCAGCAACGUUUGUUCGAUCGUCUGGACAAGUUGUUGACGAUACAGGGUGCGGAGGCAGAGAUGGCCAUAGCUUUGACUGAGGUUUUCACAGGAAAUAAGUCUACUUGUAUGAAGAUCCUGCCGUACCAGGUGCAGAAGAUCAUGAUCCUUGUGGCCCAGAAUCUGAACCAUGCGCCACAGUUCCUCGACCUUCUGAACGCGGUCGUCAAGGUCGAGGAGUUGGACUUGCCCUUGAAGCGGAACCAAGGUUACGUGAUGAAAUACUUCAUGCAGUACAGAGCCGAAGUUGCUGGGGUGAUUGACCAGCCAUCAGAUGCCAGGAACAAGAUCUUGACCACACCCAACCAUCCUGACAUACAGUACCUCAUCUCCUUGGUCGAUUUGCUAGCUACCUGUGCUGAGGGUGAGAAUCGGUUCAUCGAGUCCAUCUGCCAGACCAUCUUCAGUGUGAUGGAACUGCUAGAAGUCAUCAACAACACCAGCAUCAGUAACAACCUCAAGAAGCCAUACCUCAGGUUCUUCCUGUGGGUCUACCUCAAUACAGCCGGUGGCAUGAUAGAGAGUGGCUCGGGGGACCUACCUCAUGAUCCGCGGAUGUGGGAGUACCUUAACGGCCUCAACAAAGAAAUGUCCAAGCUCUCAACGUUUGCGGAAUCGAACUUGGACACAUGUAAACAACUACUGAAGAAGCCACCGGCUAAAGUUUCAACCAACAAAUCUGAUGUCGAGUUACACCAUGGGAGCCUCUGGUACAUUUUCGACGGGGUCAUGCCAUUCCUACAGGUGUUCUUCAGGACGUAUUACGCCCCUGACCGAGAGCACUACCCAGAUGAGGCGGACAGGGUCGAUAAACUAGCCAACACAAUGAUGGCAUUUGUUGACAAAUAUGGCCCCCUGAUCAGCGAUGUCACCCGUAUGAAGACCAUGGUAUCCUGCAUGAGCUCGGUGCUGUCAGCAUCCACUCUCCCGGUCAAGGUGAAAGAGACACGGUUCAAGGUGAUGGAGAACUUCCAAGAGAAAUAUGGAGCGAGAGUGAGGACAGGGGAGCUCAAGAGUGAUGGACAAAAGUCUUAUGAAGAAUACUACCGCUCUGAAGAAGAACUAAACAACCAGUUGAAUGUCUUUGCCAACAACUACGGCUGUGCCUAUGGCGGUUACAACGAUGUCCAAACGCAAAUUGGGUUCCCCGCCGAUAAAGAAUACACCGAUAUCGGGGGAGACGAAGAGCUUCCUCUGGGCGAGGAGUUCCAGAAUCAUAUCAGUUGUUUCAUCGACCAGAAGGCGCAUGGUCAAAGGGAGAAGUACGAACUGUGCGGGAAGUUGGUGGAGACGCUCAUGAUUUCAGCGACAAGGACGCAACUCAACGAGAAAGACAGAAUCGAACAGGCGACAUUGGAUCUGAAAUGUCUCCAGUUGUUGAGGGGAAUUAUACACAACGAGAUCAUCAAGCUGCCAGAGGAGUGGCAGAAUGAUCCUGCAGUUAACAAGAGCUGGUCUUCUAUUAAAAAGCAACUGAACAUCAUCUGUGAGGCCCAGAACGCCCUGAAUGGUCAUGACGCCAUGUUGAAGGUUCUACCCCACAUCACGCGACCCGGGGACGAAAUUGUACGUGAAGUCUUGGGCUUCCUCGGAAUGAUGUUAUUCGCCGGGAACGAGGAUGUCCAGCAGAGCUUGAUCUCCUACUUCCUGGGGACGAGGGAGGAGAAGUUCUUCUUUGCCGUUAAGAAUCGGAUGCAGCUCUCUGCAAUAGCUACAAAGGAGAGACGUUCACUGAUGGCGCAGCACCAAGCCAAACUAGAGGAGGCCAUAGCACAAGCCAAGGCUCUGCGUAAGGCCAUGAAAGCGGGUCAGAUGGCGACGGAACAGAUCAUGGCAGCCAAUAUGCUGGGCUCUGUGCUACAUUCUGGUGCGUCCAUGAGGAGCUCAGGUUCUUGGAGCAAGAAAGGGGGAAGAAAGUAUAAGAGUAAAAAAGAUAGAUUGAGGAGGGGAAAAACGUCCACCGAACAACUCAAGAAGCGUUUCGGUGGCGGACGGUCGCCGGGCGCCAGUCGCGUCAGUUUGAAUGCAUCCAGCGCCAACAUGCUGAACAGCUCCUCCUUCAAACUGAACGCCUUGGCCUUACACCCGCCCCCAACGGUGAAUGUUGGGAAGGCAAAUGGGGGCAUGGAGAUGAUGCCCAUGAGGAAGGACGAUAAGAUGCCGCUGAUUAAGAAUUCGGUCGCACCGAUUAAUGCACCGGAAAUCACGAUUGAUAAAGUUGAUGAUGAAGAUCUGGACGAGUUGGCCCAGGAGGUGAUGUUCAGCCAGAAUGAUGACGAACUUGAGUACAAGGAUGAGGGCUACAUCGAACUGGUGUUGCGGGUGCUGGCGUUCAUGUGUGACGGACAGAACAAGACUUUACAGGACUACCUCCGUGAGCAGCCCGACAACAUCAAGUCUGUGAACCUGGUUGCAGAGACAGCCAGAUUUCUCAGUCUGGUUUAUUCAAAUGUCAACAGGGGGACGGUCGGCCUCAUCACGCAACUCUUUGGUACUCUGGUUGAAUUCACAUCAGGCAAUAUGAUGAAUCAGGCUGUGGCAUUUGAGAACAAAGUAUGCGACUACAUCAACCACAUCCUGAGAGUUGGCAAAUUCACUGGAGUCAAAAAGCAUCAGGAGCUUGAACUAAAAGAAGCGAUCGGCAACCUUGUGAUGGCCAUGAUGGAAGAGAAUUUCCUGAAGGGGAAGGAGGGUCAGUCAAAGAUACCGUGGAUUGCCAAGGAUGUGUCAGUCACAGUUGAUGCGGAGGGCUUGGCAGUCAUUAUGUACGAGAGCCAUAGACUCAUAACGACCAGGAAUGAGUCCCUGAUUGACAAGGUCUGUGACCCUAAAGAUGAAGACACGCACAAGAUGGACCACAAAGAGAAGCUGGAGAAAGUACAAGAAUACAAGGAACACGUGAAGAAGGUCGGAUUCCUUUAUUUCCACAUAGUGUGUCGUAUUAUGGAUCUCGACGAGGAGGACACAGUCAGCAGAUCACGGUUGGUGAAGACACCCGAGCAGGACACAGCGUGGGAGUAUUACGCGGGAUCUACUCUUUCUGCAGAAUUACUCACUGGUGAAGACUUACAGAAGGUUUACUUCAGGGUCAGAGACAAGACGGUCUUGAGAGAAGAAGUAAAGGAUAAAUUCAAGUACGAAGUGGACCGAUCAUCGCCCAGCAAUAAGUUACGAGACUUCAUGGACUGGUCCAAAGACAUUAUCAAGGAUAUCAAAUACCAACAAUGGGUCCUCGCAAACCCGCUCGGGAAGAUAUUCGUACGCUUAUGGAUGUUUUUCAAUUUUUCUGUGAUAUUUUUGAGUUUUUUGAUUUCGUGUGUCAUCAUUGGAACAUACGCGGAGCCGAAGUUGUCAGAUGGAACAGCUGACUAUGUCACAGUCAAGCCAAUCUUUGACACGUGGGUGUCAUACUUCGUGUGGGUUUGUGGCGGAAUUCACAACUUCCUCUCCAUGGGCAUGCUCAUAAGUUACUUCCUAUCGAACAAACCAGUGUUCCCACGAUGCUCUGCUAUCAAGAGGAGAAUAGCUGAAAGAAGAGAGAAAAAGACAGGAGAAGCCAAGUCGAAGAAAACGAAGAAUAAAGGACUAUCUCAAGAUGAUGAUGAUGAUGAUGAUGACGAUGACAGAGAAUCAAAUCUUGAGGUCAAAUUCUUCAGUUUUAGGACCUUCUACUACAUGAUCUUAUUUGGCUUGUCCAUCCUGGGAACAGUAUUCUGGGGCUAUUUCUUCAGUGUCCACCUGCUGCAUGUCGCGACUAUCAAUCAACUGUUAGCGAGGGUCAUCCGAGCUGUCACUCAAAAUGGGAAGUCCCUCCUCUUGGUGGCCAUGCUGUUCGUGGUCUUCUUCUAUAUCUACGCCGUGCUCAGUUUCGCAUUCUACCGCGAACUCUAUGACGCCAACACCGGCCAUUUCUGCACAACCAUGUACGAGUGCUUCGUGACUGUGAUACAUAGGGGGUUAAUUGACGGCAUUUAUAGCUUCACGAACACAAAACUUGAGGAACUGAUGGCGCCCCCUUACGGCCGAGCAUUCUCCUAUUAUGCAAUUAAGACGAUAUUUGACAUCACGUUCUUCAUCCUCGUCACGACUAUCGGCCUCAACAUCAUCUUUGGCAUCAUCGUGGAUACGUUCUCUGAGUUGAGAGACAGCAAGUGGAACAUUGACAAUGACAUGAAAUCGACAUGCUUCAUCUGCAGCCGAGGCAGCUAUGACUUCGAACAUCACGGAGGUGGCUUUGAGAAACACGUCAAGCUGGAGCAUAAUCAGUGGGCGUAUCUGUUUUUCUUCAUUCAUCUCAACGAGACAAGGAGCAAUGACUACACUGCAAUUGAACUCUACGUCCACAGAAUGCUUGAGAGAGGGAACUAUGACUUCUUCCCCGUGAAUCGGGCGCUGGCGCUCCAGCAUGAAGAGGACUCGAAUGAGAUGAGACUUGAGCAACUGAUGACGCAAGUGUCCUAUCUUGUCAGCAAGAUGAAAGAAGAGGAGGCUUCCAAGCAACGUGAACUCGAGAAGAAGCGCCAGGCUGAGUGGGAAAAACAACACAAGUCCCAUAGGGAUGACUAUGACUUUGAAAGCGACAUGGCCAAGGCUGCCCUUCGGCCCAAAUCUUCGAGAUUGGCCAGGAAGCAUUAACAUUGUGCUGAGAUUUUACCUUGAAUGGAUCUGUCGGAAUUUGAUGUCUAAAUCUAUCUGAAUCACUCUAAGACCUUGUAAUUCCUUCCUGUAAAAGCUGUAAACUCAUAGUAUUUUGUUAGUUGCCAGUGACUGAUUUGAAGAAGUUGCAGAUCUCAUCAAUAAAAAGUCAGUUACCUCAUUCUAGUAUUUGCAAAAUUAUGAGUCAAAGAUAUUGUGAUAUUGUAAAUAGUGAAAUGUCUUUUGUUUUCUUCAAAGGUUUUAUUUGUUGAAAUUAUUUAUCUAUUUAUUCAUUGUUUGGGCACGCAGGGAAACAAGGAUGUUUCUUAAUACAUGUAGUGUUGCCAGUACCAUUUCAGACUUAGUUUAGAGUACAGUCCAAGUCACAAUUGACAUCCUUCGUGGUUUGCAUCAGUUACGCACAAUGUACACGCAAGUUGUGCGUUGAGUUGUGCGUCACUGGCCGCCAGUUUUUUGUACAAGGAAAGAAUAUUACCAUGUAAACUGAACUGAACAUUGUAAAGGACAAAUUUUUACGGGAACUAUAGUUUCGGCAGAGUAUUCAAAUAAGAGUGAUUUGCAAUUUGAAAAAAAUUGGAAAGAGUGAAAUUCAGUAAAAUUAUUAUGAAACUCUGAAAAGUUUUGGGCAAUGAAAAAAAGAAAAGGCUUGAAAAUUUUUCGGAUUACAUACACUUUGUGAGUUGUCUUCACAGCAUUGUUGAAAUCAUUUAUAAAAUUUAGUCGUUGUUGAUAAUUAGCUAUGUACACAGAUUAUAUGUUUACACCGCUCUAAACAUUCCAAUCAAAUACAUUUUGUAAAUUUCAAGCGAUGUCAAAUAAGUUAUUUUG